UUUAUUUAAUGUAACAUUUAGGAUAGGGUAUACUUUAUUUAUGCCUGAAGGGAAAUUCAGUUGUCCAGCAGCUCACAUUUUAAAAACAUAGUUCCAAAUACAAAUUAGCACCAGUUUAGACUAAACUGACAGCAGAACUGAUGCUGGUAUCAGUUUUAACAUUUGACAACAAAUGCUUUAUUCUGGGAGAAAAUAUCAUUGGCAUUGGCAGCAAAGGACUAACUUAUUGUGUGGCUAUGAAUGUGUUUAGAAGAAAAUGGCUGAAUUCACUUUACACGGACUUUAAUGUGCAGUGACCUUUUUUGGUGCUUGGUGGAUGACUGGGAGUUUGGGAUAAAGUGGCAGGCUGUCUGGCAGCACUACCUUUUUAUAAUGUAACACAUAUAGCUUACACAUUCCCACUGUCACCUUUUUUUCUUUUCAUCCUCUUCUUGUUUUGUUUUUCUUGUCGUGUUCCCAGAGAGAUAUGUUCGCUUCAUUUUCUCAUCUGUGUGUGUUUGACCGGGACCGCACGUCGAUGCCGGCUAGUAAGGGGGCCCCAUUAGGGAGAUUCCCGACGUGUCAUUGCAGUGUCUACGGGGGUUUCAAGUUGUGUCGCUGAUAUGGAGCGAUAUCAGCCGUCUGUCGGGGCCCCCUACUAGCAACUAGCCAGUGACAACCCGGAAAGGGCCCUGUGCGGGGGGCGUCUAAAGCAGUUCCAUUAUUUUGUCAUUGACGUCAGCCAUCCCUCGGGGCCCCCUUCAGCUCGGGGCCCUCUGGUGAAAGCAAUCAAAUCAAGAAAUAAUCUCUAAAAAAAUACUGUUGCAGAGUGACGUGGACGAAGACUCAGCUUUGAGCAAAACAAUGAAGCAUGCAGCCAAGAAAAUGUGUGGUCAACUUGAGUUCAUGUUGCUUGCAAAAACAAAAGUGAAAGUGCUUCACUCACAGGGAGGAGCUACAGUCCCUUUUCUUGUCGAGUGUGGAACAGAAGUGCCAGAGACAUUACAAAGAAAUCAUCUAUUUCAGACAUGGUCAACGAAGUAGCAACUGUGUCGCGGAAAAGGUUCUUUGUCUCCUUGGUGGGAAAAACUAAUGGGGCUCAUCUAGAACUUGUUACAAAGCUUAAAGGCUUUGGCCAAAUUGAGGUGAAGUCUUUUGGAGAAAGUGACUACCUUCUGGUUUUUUGUCCUAUCGUGUCACGAGUUGGAACAGACAUCAGCGAGGCCCUGGACAAACUUCCAGGUGGUAAACCAGCAAUUCUGGUCGUGAUGCAUCACACCUUCAACCCUGACCAAGUUCUACCUGAAAGCAGAAGACUGGUGGACAACCCCAAUGUUAAGCUUACUGUGGACUGUCUGUUCUAUGAGGACAAACUCCUGGAGUCCAACCGAAAUUAUACUGCAUGGAUUGAUGUCCAGAAGUAUCUUGGAGUUUCCAAGCAGCCUACCUUGGUAGCCAAAUUUAUGAAUUACAUCAGAAGGAAGUUUGACAUCAAUCAUGAACUUCAGAUUUCAGUGCCCCAGAAAAAGUUCUUUGUCAUCUUGGUGGGAAAAACUAAUGAUGCUCAUCUUGAGUUUGUGGCAAAGAUUGAAAGCAUUGGUCAUACUGAGGUGAACUCUCCAGAAGAAAGUGACUACCUUCUAGUUUUCUGUCCUGUUGCUUCAAGAGUUGGAACAGACGUCAGCGAGGCCCUGGAAAACCUUCCAGGUGGUAAACCAGCAAUUCUGGUCGUGAUGCAUCACACCUUCAACCCUGACCAAGUUCUAGCUGAAAGCAGAAGACUGGUGAACAACCCCAAUGUUAAGCUUACUGUGGACUGUCUGUUCUAUGAGGACAAACUCCUGACGUCCAACCGAAAUUAUACUGCAUGGAUUGAUGUCCAGAAGUAUCUUGGAGUUUCCAAGAUCUCUGUCUUGGUAGCUGAAUUCAUUAAUUACUUCAAAAUGAAGCUUGACAGCAAUCAUCAACUUCAGAUUUCAGUGUCCCAGAAAAAGUUCUUUGUCAUCUUGGCGGGAAAAACUGAUAAUGCUCAUCUUGAGUUUGUGGCAAAGCUUGAAAGCAUUGGCCAUACUGAGGUGAACUCUCCAGAAGAAAGUGACUACCUUCUGGUUUUCUGUCCUGUUGCUUCAAGAGUUGAAAGGGACGUCAGCGAGGCCCUGGAAAACCUUCCAGGCGGUAAACCAGCAAUUCUGGUCGUGAUGCAUCACACCUUCAACCCUGACCAAGUUCUAGCUGAAAGCAGAAGACUGGUGAACAACACCAAUGUUAAGGUUACUGUGGACUGUCUGUUCUAUGAGGGCAAACUCCUGACGUCCAACCGAAAUGAUACUGCAUGGCAUGAUGUCCAGAAGUAUCUUGGAGUUUCCAAGGUCUCCACCUUUCAAACCAUGUUCAAUAUGUCCCAGAAAAAGUUCUUUGUCAUCUUGGUGGGAAAAACUGAUGAUGCUCAUCUUGAGUUUGUGGCAAAGCUUGAAAGCAUUGGUCAUACUGAGUUGAACAAUCCAGAAGAAAGUGACUACCUUCUGGUUUUCUGUCCUGUUGCUUCAAGAGUUGAAAGGGACGUCAGCGAGGCCCUGGAAGACCUUCCAGGUGGUAAACCAGCAAUUCUGGUUGUGAUGCAUCACACUUUCAAUGCUGACCAAGUUCUAGCUGAAAGCAGAAGACUGGUGGACAACCCCAAUGUUGAGCUUACUGUGGACUGUCUGUUCUAUGAGGGCAAACUUCUGACGUCCAACCGAAAUGAUACUGCAUGGCGUGAUGUCCAGAAGUAUCUUGGAGUUUCCAAGGAGUCUACCUUGAAAACCUGGCUAGCCAAAUCCAUGAAUUACAUCAAAAGUAAGCAUGACAGCAGUCAUGAACAUCAGAUUUCAGUGUCCCAGAAAAAGUUCUUUGUCUUCUUGGUGGGAAAAACUAAUGAUGCUCAUCUUGAGUUUGUGGCAAAGCUUGAAAGCAUUGGUCAUACUGAGGUGAACUCUCCAGAAGAAAGUGACUACCUUCUGGUUUUCUGUCCUUCAAGAGUUGGAACGGACAUCAGCGAGGCCCUGGAGAAACUUCCAGGUGGUAAACCAGCAAUUCUGGUUGUGAUGCAUCACACCUUCAACCCUAAAAAAGUUCUACCUGAAAGCAGAAGACUGGUGAACAACCCCAAUGUUGAGGUUACUGUGGACUGUCUGUUCUAUGAGGGCAAACUCCUGAAGUCCAACCGAAAUGAUAUUGCAUGGAUUGAUGUCCAGAAGUAUCUUGGAGUUUCCAAGGUCUCUAUCUUGGUAGCUGAAUUCAAGAAUUUCCUCAGUAGCAACCUUGACUUCAUUCAUGAACUUCAGAUUUUAGUGUCCCGGAAAAAGUUCUUUGUCAUCUUGGCGGGAAAAACUGAUGAUGCUCAUCUUGAGUUUGUGGCAAAGCUUGAAAGCAUUGGCCAUACUGAGGUGAACUCCCCAGAAGAAAGUGACUACCUUCUGGUUUUCUGUCAUGUUGCUUCAAGAGUUGGAACAGACGUCAGCGAGGCCCUGGAGAAACUUCCAGGUGAUAAACCAGCAAUUCUGGUCGUGAUGCAUCACACCUUCAACCCUGACCAAGUUCUAGCUGAAAGCAGAAGACUAGUGGACAACCCCAAUGUUGAGCUUACUGUGGACUGUCUGUUCUAUGAGGGCAAACUCCUGAAGUCCAACAGAAAUGAUACUGCAUGGUUUGAUGUCCAGAAGUAUCUUGGAGUUUCCAAGGUCUCCACUUUUCGAACCAUGUUCAAUAGUAAGUGUGACAUCAAUCAUGAACUUCAGAUUUCAGUGUCCCAGAAAAAGUUCUUUGUCUUCUUGGCGGGAAAAACUGAUGAUGCUCAUCUUGAGUUUGUGGCAAACCUUAAAAGCAUUGGUCAUACUGAGGUGAACUCUCCAGAAGAAAGUGACUACCUUCUGGUUUUCUGUCCUGUUGCUUCAAGAGUUGAAAGGGACGUCAACGAGGCCCUGGAAGACCUUCCAGGUGGUAAACCAGCAAUUCUGGUCGUGAUGCAUCACACCUUCAACCCUGACCAAGUUCUAGCUGAAAGCAGAAGACUGGUGAACAACCCCAAUGUUGAGCUUACUGUGGACUGUCUGUUCUAUGAGGGCAAACUCCUGACGUCCAACAGAAAUGAUACUGCAUGGCGUGAUGUCCAAAAGUAUCUUGGAGUUUCCAAGGUCUCCACCUUUCAAACCAUGUUCAAUAUGUCCCAGAAAAAGUUCUUUGUCAUCUUGGCGGGAAAAACUGAUGAUGCUCAUCUUGAGUUUGUGGCAAAGCUUGAAAGCAUUGGCCAUACUGAGGUGAACUCUCCAGAAGAAAGUGACUACCUUCUGGUUUUCUGUCCUGUUGCUUCAAGAGUUGAAAGGGACGUCAGCGAGGCCCUGGAAAACCUUCCAGGUGAUAAACCAGCAAUUCUGGUCGUGAUGCAUCACACCUUCAACCCUGACCAAGUUCUAGCUGAAAGCAGAAGACUAGUGGACAACCCCAAUGUUGAGCUUACUGUGGACUGUCUGUUCUAUGAGGGCAAACUCCUGAAGUCCAACAGAAAUGAUACUGCAUGGUUUGAUGUCCAGAAGUAUCUUGGAGUUUCCAAGGUCUCCACUUUUCGAACCAUGUUCAAUAGUAAGUGUGACAUCAAUCAUGAACUUCAGAUUUCAGUGUCCCAGAAAAAGUUCUUUGUCUUCUUGGCGGGAAAAACUGAUGAUGCUCAUCUUGAGUUUGUGGCAAACCUUAAAAGCAUUGGUCAUACUGAGGUGAACUCUCCAGAAGAAAGUGACUACCUUCUGGUUUUCUGUCCUGUUGCUUCAAGAGUUGAAAGGGACGUCAACGAGGCCCUGGAAGACCUUCCAGGUGGUAAACCAGCAAUUCUGGUCGUGAUGCAUCACACCUUCAACCCUGACCAAGUUCUAGCUGAAAGCAGAAGACUGGUGAACAACCCCAAUGUUGAGCUUACUGUGGACUGUCUGUUCUAUGAGGGCAAACUCCUGACGUCCAACAGAAAUGAUACUGCAUGGCGUGAUGUCCAAAAGUAUCUUGGAGUUUCCAAGGUCUCCACUUUUCGAACCAUGUUCAAUAGUAAGUGUGACAUCAAUCAUGAACUUCAGAUUUCAGUGUCCCAGAAAAAGUUCUUUGUCUUCUUGGCGGGAAAAACUGAUGAUGCUCAUCUUGAGUUUGUGGCAAACCUUAAAAGCAUUGGUCAUACUGAGGUGAACUCUCCAGAAGAAAGUGACUACUUUCUGGUUUUCUGUCCUGUCGCUUCAAGAGUUGGAACAGACGUCAGUGAGGCCCUGGAGAAACUUCCAGGUGGUAAACCAACAAUUCUGGUGGUGAUGCAUCACACCUUCAACCCUGACCAAGUUGUAGCUGACAGCAGAAGACUGGUGGACAACCCCAAUGUUGAGCUUACUGUGGACUGUCUGUUCCAUGAGGGUAGAAUCCUGAAGUGUAGUUGCAAUAAUGAUGCAUGGUUGGAUGUCCUGAACUAUCUUGGAGUUUCUGCUUUCAAGGAGGACUCUAUCCAGCAAAAAUACAUAAAAAAAUUGUACAAUUUGCUGAGGGACCAUUGGAAGCUUCUUCUUGUUCUCUUAUGUAUACUGGUGGGACUGUUGAUCAUCGUGCGCAUGGGAUCUGGAAUCAAGGACCAGGAAAAGGCAACUGUGUCGUUUGAAAAGUUCUUUGUCAUCUUGGCGGGAGAAACUCAUCGGGCUCAUCUAGCCUUCGUUGAAAAGCUUAAAGGCAUCGGCCAAACUGAGGUGGAGUCUUCUGGAGAAAGUGACUACCUUCUGGUUUUCUGUCCUGUCACGUCACAAGUUGAAGCGGACAUCAGCGAGGCUCUGGAGAAACUUCCAGGUGGGAAACCAACAAUUCUGGUGGUGAUGCAUCACACCUUCAACCCUGACCAAGUUGUUGCUGAAAGCAGAAGACUGGUGGACAACCCGAACGUCUACCGCACCGACUGUCUGUUACAGGAGGACAAACUCCUGAAGUGUAACGGCAUUGAUGUUGCACAGUUUGAUAUGCAGACGUUUUUGGGAUUUUCCUCUUCACAGGAUUCUGGAACAAUUGGAGGCUGAUUGUAGGUUCUGGUAUCGUGGUCAGAUGGUGAUCAUUGGCACUGUCAUUGCCUUUGAAGAGAAAAAUAAAUAAGUCUGUUUACAAGAAGAUGUGUGAGGACACAACAGAAUGACAAAAUCCAAUGGAAGUUUACUAUAUUACCACAAAAACACUUGGUUAUGCAUGUGUAACCAUCUGAAGCAAGUGUAAUAAAGGGAUGAUUAUUGUUAUUAUUGCAGAAUAGUUGUGAAGUUUUGAUCAUUAAUAUUAAUAUUAUAACUGUUGCACAAUACAGGUGGAAUGGCAGAAGGAUAACAGAUUUGCAGAUACAGGCCUUCAGCGAGAGGCUGGAUGUGGAAAAGAUGAAAAAAUGAAGAAAAAAUGUAAUUCACAUCAAACUCACCCAAGGAUGGGUUGACAUUAUUUUCAAGUCAAUCUUAAACCAGUUAUGAUAUGGUUGAAUGUACAAUAAAAAAGUCCUGUCUGUACUUGCCCCAAAUAGUCCCUUCCUAAAGAGAUUAAUGUAAGUGAUGGGCAACAAAAUCCAUUCUUUUACAGUUUUUCUCUUUGUGUUACUAUGCACAGUGUUUUUCUUGCUGAGCUGCAUGGAGGAAUGUACAUAGUAGUAACACAAAGACGUAUAUUGUUACCAAAAACCCCAAUAACCCUUGCAAUGUACAAUGGACAUGUCAGUAUUGUUUUAAGAUGGACUGAACACAUUGUGAGAAUGUAAAGAGUUACAACAAAAGUUACUUUACAACCCCAGUAAUUGUGCUUUAGAGAUGCAGGUUCUGUGGCAUGUACAUGUUUAAAUGUGAGUGUAGUAUAGUAGUGACAUAUGCUUUGUGCUCAUUGUUUUCCUUCAUAAAUAAUGAAUACAAAUGAAUAAAAGUGAUUACGAAGUGA